CACUCGGGAAUCCUUAACGUGGCCCUUGGUUGUUGGGUGCUUCUUAGUUUUGGGCCUCGAGUUUGCAGAGCAUAUGGUUCCUUUACAUUUUCAUUGAUAUAUAUUCUUGGAGGAAUUUCUGGUAACUUGACCAGCUUUCGUCAAACACCAGACCCAACUGUGGGUGGGACGGGACCAGUAUUUGCUGUAAUUGGAGCUUGGCUCAUUUAUCAAAUUCAGAACAAGGAGGUGAUCACAAAGGAUGAUUCUGAAAACAUGCUUCAGAAAGCAAUAAUUGCCACCGGCAUCAGCUGCAUAUUAAGCAAUUUUGGUCCAAUUGAUGACUGGACACAUUUUGGAGCAGGUUUUACGGGUAUAUUGUAUGGUUUUCUGACGUGCCCAAUGCUGCGAAUGGAUGAUGGAUCUUCAAAAAGUGGUCAAGAAGAAGGAAUCACACUUGUUAGACAAUAUGCCAAUCCCUGUAAAUCACUUGUCAUAUUCUCCCUCGUUGUUCUAGUUUUAAGCUUUUUCCUAUUCGUUAUCGAGCCUCCCCUCAAUUCACUGGCACCCAACACCUUUUUAUAGAUAUUGACACGAUAUGCAAUGUAUUAAUUGUCGUCAAGAUCCUUUUGUAUAUGUGAGAGGAGUGAGCUUUUAUAAUAAACUUUGUUUGGUUGCCAAGUUGCCAAUUUGCCAAAAAUUUUAGUAAUUCAAAACCUCAUGUAUAAAAUUCCUUCAGAAUGUUGUACGGGAGGUAUAGUGGGAAGCUUCAGUAUUUAUAAUUGUUUGGUAUUGAUCUCA